GUAAAAGGUAUAUAUUUCUGAAACAAAUCCAAAGGUCUUGCUUCACAAAGGCGAUUUGCUGCUAGUGUUAUCUUCGGUGCAGUCUUCACUAUUCUUUUCCUGCAAUCAUGAUCCGUGUUGCUCUGUUGCUGGCAUUCGCCGCCAGUGCCUACUCUCAUCUGUGUUUGCUGGCACCGCAUCAGCGAGGAAGCAGUGCCGGAUUCAACACACCCGGUGCUGACAAUUGCGGAUUGACUGCUUCACCAUGCGGAGGACGUCCUCUUGGAAGGCCCUCAGUUGCCCUGCCAUCUGGUGAGAAGGUUAACAUCACUAUCCAGAAGAAUCUCAACCACUUCAACGCUGACAAGCCUGGUCACUUUCUUGUGUCGUACGGCAGUGACGAGAAAAUGCAGGCGAUUGGCAUGACCCCAGAUACCAACACCAGCUCGCCAUGGAUCUAUGAACUCUCCGUAGAGAUUCCAAGGACGGAGAAGCAUGAGAUGGGCAUAAUGCAAGUGCAAUAUGUCACAAGCAACCCCAAUGCCCCAGCAGUAUUCUACCAAUGUGCUGAUGUGGCGGUUGUUCCACGUCAUCAUUAAAUCCAGCGUGCCCUACCCUCCUCCGCUUCGCCAUCAACUAUCCAAUCCAUAACUGCUGGACAGUGAUGUCAUCUAUACAGUUUGGUGCAUACCUGGUAGUUCUGGUGGAUGUGGGGGACCUUUCAAGUUUUCAAUUCCAACACCUGUCUUUACAAUCUUCAAUGCUCUGACUGAAUACAGGACACCCAUUGCGUCAUUCUCAGUACUCUGACUGAAUACAGGACAUUUAUUACGUUAUCUUCACUGCAUCCUUUGCUGUGCAGAAUUCCUGUGGGUAGUAGAAUUAUUGUAGUUUACUACUCGUCUAGUUGAAUACGCUUACGUUUACACAUCGUCACAAGUCUAGUCGGCUUCGGCAACUAUCACACAGUGGAUCAGAAUACUAUUCAUUUGAGUCUGAAUAAAAGUCUUACUUCUAUA